UCGCUCGUCCGCCCUGUCAAUCCCAACGGCCCCGACCCGGUGGCCGCUGCGCUGUCACCACCAAGAAAGAGACAAUAUGAUCGAGAUAGGGAGGGAGGAGGAGAGGCGGCGGAGGAUGGAGAAUGAAGUCAAGGCAGAGCUUCCUUCGCUUCCUUGGCCUCGAUGGAUUCUUCCCCCUCGCUUCUAGGGUUAAGCGCGUUUUGCUUCGCUGGCGAUUGCUUCCAGGCCAAGCUUUCGCACUCGGGAGCACAAACCCUUGUGGAUCGCGAUCGGUAGCGGAGUCGCUUCUCCUCCGUUUCGCACUGGCGGGGAUCAAAGGCGCCGUUGUCUUCCUCCUUGUGUCGGCGCUUUCCCGCCUCGCUGAUAGCUUCGAUUUCAAGACUCGGCGGCGGCGUCGGUGGCGGAAGGGUUGGGGCGGAGGAAGCCGCCGGGGUGGAGGAACUCUACGAUGGGUCGUCCGCCUCUCCGGCUUGUGCUCCGCUGCCAUGGUGAUGGUGUUGUUGGCCCCCUCCCUCCAGUCGUUCCCCCCGGCCGAGGCCAUUCGGUCCUCCCAGUACCUGAGGUUUCCCGGCGGUGGGUACAACCACCGUCUAGCCGCCUCCGCUAUCGAGACCAAAGGGUUCUCCUUCCGGCAAGCGCCCUGGUUUUACAAUGCCGCCGACUGCGAGCCCCCGUCUGCUAACGGCAGUUCCGUCUGCGAUUCCUCGUUGGUCCAUGUCGCAAUCACCCUCGACGAGGAGUACCUACGGGGCUCAAUCGCGGCGGUUCACUCGGUGCUGACGCACACCCAGUGUCCAGAGAGCGUUUUUUUCCAUUUCUUGGUUUCGGAGCUGGGUCUGGAGUCGGUGGUGCGCUCGGCCUUUCCAGGACUCCGAUUCAAGGUGUAUUACUUCGAUCCGGACCGCGUCCGCUGGCUGAUUUCGACGUCGGUGAGGCAGGCCCUGGAUCAGCCCCUUAACUACGCGCGUAACUAUCUGGCGGACAUUCUUGAGCGGUGCGUUAGCCGUGUGAUCUACCUCGACUCCGAUCUGGUGGUGGUGGAUGACAUCUCCAAGCUGUGGCGGAAGGGAUUGGGAUCGAGGGCCGUGGGUGCGCCGGAGUACUGCCAUGCCAACUUCACCAAGUACUUCACCUACAGAUUCUGGUCUAACAAGCGCCUCGCAGCCACAUUUUCGGGCCGCCGACCUUGUUACUUCAACACCGGAGUGAUGGUGCUUGACCUUGUUCGGUGGCGGCGCGCGGGGUACACGCGGCGGAUAGAACGAUGGAUGGUGGUGCAGAAGAGGGGCGCCACGUCUGGUGGAGCAGGGCGAAUCUACGAGCUGGGGUCGCUGCCUCCCUUUCUCCUUGUAUUUGCAGGUCAAGUCGCUCCCAUCGAGCACAGGUGGAACCUGCACGGGCUCGGCGGAGACAACGUGAACGGCAGCUGCCGGAAUCUCCACCCGGGGCCAGUGAGCCUCCUCCAUUGGAGCGGCAAGGGCAAGCCUUGGUCGCGGCUCGACUCAAACCAACCUUGCCCGCUCGACCACCUCUGGGCGCCCUACGACCUCUACGGUUUCGCUGCCAUUUGACGUUUGCACAGCUUCUUCGGUACUAAGCUCUCUACAUUUCCCUUCUAUUUCUCAUCGUAAAUCCUCAUCUAAAGCACCUCCAUUGUCAUCUUUGUCCAUUAUUUUUGUCGCUCUCUUCUACAUCGUCUGAUUCUUACAUCUCCAGGUUUAAUGAUGCACUACUUGAAGUUGUUUUUUGUUCUUUCUUUCUUUCUUUUACUCAUUCGUUGCUCUCCACUAUUUUGGUGCGAGGCGAUCUUUCAUUUUGGCUACUGCUUUGUUAAAUAAAAGGGUGACGGAUAAUUCAUUUUGUUGGA